AUGUUCCCCUCCUCCCCCAUGAUUACUGACCAUCCUCGCCGCUCCAUCUCAGACCUGGCCGAUGGCGAUUCCGUUGCUCCCUCCAGCUCUCAAUCGCUCUCGUCCUCUUCCCGCAAGUCCCAGUUCUCCCGAGACCGCUUCUUUCGGAAUAAGCAUGGCUCAAAAGUCCAUGCCUACGACCCCAACCAGGCCCCCUGGCCACUCUCGUACGAUAAGAGCACUCUUGAAUUAGAGAUGAUGGACACGGCUCUCACGUCUGCGUUCAAGGGCGUCGUCUCGCUCGUCGACCACAAAGGCAAGGAGCCUGCCCGUUGUUUGGACAUAGGCACAGGGUUAGGUCUUUGGAUUGUGAAUUCCGCUAAAUACUGGAAAAAUUCGACAUUUGUUGGCUUCGAUCUCGUCGACAUCCAGAUUCCGGUCACCGUGCUCCCUGAUGAUGAAGCUGCUCGAAUAGAGUGGGUGCACGGUAACAUCUUGACUGAUCCAUUACCGUUCAGCGAUGGGGAGUUCGACCAUGUUCGGUUAACAGAGGUUGCUUUGGGUGUCCCUGAGAAUAAGUGGCCAGACGUCUUCGAGGAGGUACGGCGAGUGAUGAAACAAGGCGGUACGAUCGAGAUCAUCGAAGAAGAUGCGAUCUUCCCUGUGCUGCCACGAUGGUUCACAGAACCACUGCAUGCGCGAACACGAUGGCCGUCUAUCAGUAUGCAAGAUAGGUCCAAGGCCUUCUCGAACCCUCAAGUUUCUGCACAAUCCCAGGUGGCACAUGAGUAUGAGCUCCUGGAGAUCCUCUUCGAGAACGUUUUUCAGCGAAGAUUCAUCAACAUGAAACCGAGUUCGUCCCUACCCGCAUACUUCUCCGUCUACUUUGGGCAUGUCCUUUCUCCGCCCGUCUUGACUGUCCCCAUGCCGCCUCUCCCCCCUGUCCAGCCCCGGCCCCCGCCGCGGAGCUCAACAUCCAGCCAUUCUGACUCAUAUUACGGCGACCCAGAUCUCCUGUACGAUGCCGAGGCGCAAGGCGAGAUGUCCCUUGCGACCCUCCACGGGCCCGUCCGCAAGAAAAAGGGCAAGAGCUCGGUCAAGCGAACAUCAAGUUCUAUCUCUCCGUCCGGUACUAGCAUAUCCUCUGGCGGUGCAAGCCCCUUGGCGCGUUCGUACUCCGAGCAGCAGUCCAGGAAGUCCUUGAACGGCUCCACCGGUAGCCUGCACGGUCACGGCAACGGCAACAACACAACACCGCCACCUCCACUGCCGCCGAUCCACACGACAGUGACGGCGUCGGGUAUGCCCAUCUCUUCGGGCCCCAAGAUCGGCGGCCGCUCGCGCUCGUACUCGGGCGCGUCGAUGAUGUCGAUGGCGUCCAAGCGCAAGGCCGCAAUCCAGGACCUCGCGGCCGCGAGCACCGUCAUCGGGGGCCGCUCGCAGAUUGAGCUGUUCCCGCUCGACGGACUGCUCAUGUUCGACGUGCACUCGCUCUGCCUGCACCUCCGGCGCGCGCUCGGGUUCGUGCUCGCGAUCCGCGAGGCGAUGUGGGAGGAGCUCGCGAGCCUAGUGACCAGCCCCGCCCGGGACGUGGACCUGACCAAGUACGGGUUCUUCCCGCACGAGGACACGCUCGAGAACAUCCGCUCCAAAUACUUGCAGCUGCUCGACCAGUACAAAAGCGAUAUGCAUGUGCGGAUGUCCCUCUGGCAUUCGCUCGUCCAUUUCGGGUGGGAUUACCCCCAGCGGGAUCCGAUGUCCAAGGCGGAGGAGAUGGAGGAGGUUCGUCUCCGAGAAGACAUCCUCAUGGCUCGUCGAGAAGCUGGCGCUGAAAACGAGCGCGAGCCCCCUUGUCGCGCCGUGCGCAUGCUCGUUGGCGCCAAGGUAUAA